CAUCGCUGGCGGUCCGCCGUCGACGAUAUCGUCGGCGACUGUCGGCGGGAGCUAACCGAUCAGCAAACCCGCGGUGGAGAGGACCCGGCGCCGGCCACGAGCCUAGAGCUCGUAUUGAAGGCACAGGACCAGCCGAAGAUGACCGAACUGCAGGCGCCGACCGCUGAGACGGACACCGACCUCCGACUGGUCGCGGCCACCUGCCACGCCCUGGAAAAGGCCAACCUGCGCGGCUUUAAGCUGCGGGUCUCUGCCCUGCGCCGGCUGGCGCGUGCCAACGCCUCCAGUCUUCGUGAGCUGACGCUGCCGGCCGGCAUCAACGACUGGCAGCUGGAGGCGCUGCUGGAGCCGCUGAAGGCUCUGGAGCGGCUCGAUGUGAGCCCACCCGUGGACAGCUCCGGCAAGUGGCUUCGGCUGCUGCCCAAGUCACUGAGGAGACUGAACAUCACUGGGUCGGGGAUGACUCGGGAGCCGGUGAAAUAUGGAGUCGGAAGAUGUCCGUCGGAGGGACUGCUGGUCGGUGUACAGCUGGCAACGGACGCACUCCUGGACCAGCUGGCUGCUCUGGCGACCCACACAGUCACAGGGCUAGUCAUUUGUGAGUCACCGUCCGUGACACCGGAAGCGACGGGACGCCUCCUGGCUACCCUCACCAGCUUGAAGGACGUCACUCUUCACGGAGCGGGCGUCAUUUCCGAAACUGUGCUGUCCGCCCUUCACGGCUGUUCCCAGCUGGAUACGGUGCAGCUCAGUGACACCCGGUCCCUCGCGGACAUCCCUGCCCUGACCCAGUCAGAGGUGGCAGCGGUCAGCAGGAUGGCAGUGACUUGCAGGAAACUGAAGAACCUGUAUCUUAUCUCCUCAAUCAAUAACCGCCAGGCCGUCCUGACCACCCUGCACGAGACCAACCUGGGAUGUGAUAGUGGCCAGUCCCGUACCAUCAAUCUCUGGGUCCCAAAGUCUGUAUUGGACAAGCUUACUAAGCCUCCCAAUGGCAGCAAAAUAUGCUUGAGUUCCUACACGUAAACGACCAGCUUCCCGGUGCCUCUUCCGCUCCGGUGCCGGCGGCAGUGUCGGAACUCGACAACAGAUGGCAGCACCGUGUCCCGUCGGCAGCGCUGUACGGGGCACAAUACACAUCUAGACAUUCAUAUCCAGAAGUGCCUCGAGCCGCCCUGUCCCAUGGGGUCAGAUUCGUGGGUACUUUACCGCUGUACCAGGCUGGUUUGGGUUGAGUAGCCACUUAAUGGUCAUUUGAUUUAGGCACAGGCCACAGAUUGCUAUGUUUGUUGAGGUUGACACUGCUUUGAUAGACAGUGGAUAUAUUCAGUAUCUGAGAUGUAUCACGCUCUGGGCCACUGUCCAGCCGUCGGUGAACCGUCGUCACCGUGCCGGAGGUACCGCCUGGUGACGUCACGUGUGUUGUGACGUGACGUCACGCUGGCUCACAACGCUGUGCUGUUGUGUCGUAGUUUCAGUUUAGACCAGAGAGUGGUUGGAGCUAGCUGUGAGAGUGGCCGGUCCAGGCGAUAUCGGACCUCGCCCGUCACUGUGUCGGACCGUCGGUGGUCCGGUCGGUUGUGGUUCGUUUGGACCAGAUUUGUCCGGUUGUGGUUCGUUUAGACCAGAUAUGUCUGGCUGUGGUUCGUUUGGACCAGAUUUGGCCGGUUCGAUGUCGUUCAUGUAAUAUCAAGGACUAUGUGAAAUAGAGACGAUUGAAAUACACAACUGGCGGAU